AGUGCUUUGUAUUAGUCAUUCAUUGCGACGCGUUAAAAAAUCUCACCACACGCACAAAUUGACAUUAUUUGCUGAUACUUUGAUUGAUCGCGUGAUCUCAACUCUAUAUACUAUGAUUGAAAGGAAACGGGACGCGCAAAACAUGUCUAAAAUAGCCGGUUACGAUACACACGACGAUGGUCCAGGUUUCGUCGGGAUUAGAUUCUGCCAGGAAUGUAAUAACAUGCUGUAUCCGAAAGAAGAUAAAGAGAAUAAAGUAUUAAUGUACGCAUGCAGAAACUGUGAUUUCAAACAACUUGCUGACAGCAAUUGCAUUUACGUAAAUAAGAUUAUGCACGAAAUUGACGAGUUGACGCACAUUGUCGCAGAUGUCAUAUCAGAUCCUACUUUACCAAAGACCGAAGAACAUCCAUGUCCAAAGUGUAGCCACAGAGAAGCUGUAUUUUUUCAAGCACAAACUAGACGUGCAGAAGAAGAAAUGAGAUUGUAUUAUGUGUGCACUAAUCAGCAUUGUUCUCACAGAUGGACGGAAUGAAGUAAUUUGUACAUAUC